GUGGAAGCAUAUAUUGGCUGUAUAUCAACCGUGUGGUCAGUAAAUAGUUGCGAGUUCGCUCAUCUGCAAGUUAUAAUUUACAGCUGAAUUGUACGUUAUUCUUUCUAUUGGAUAGCAGCUUGGGCGUAAACGAUUGGGGGUGGGGGGUGAGGGAGUUGUAACCCCCACCCCCAAUAAUCGAAAUUCGAACCAAAGUAAUCGAACCAAAAGUUAUACCCUUGGAUAGUGAGGUCCAGUCAGAAAAAUCAUGAAAGCGCACAUCCUUUGGGACCGAGGAAGAGAAGCAGAUUACUUAAACAAAACCCACAUAAUUUGGAAAAAAACAUGCGGACUCCACAUAUACUGAGCUGGAACUGUGGACCCCCUGGAGGUUUUGUAGUCGAGACAGAAACGGGGUUUUGAUACAACCUUGGUUUUUUGCUGGUGAAGAAAGCAGCUGAAGAGCAUGGAGACACUUGGAAGGGUUCAGUUUGACCUUAGUCCCCAUCACAUGGCAGCGCCAAGAUGCACGGGGGAUGAGGGUUUGCCUGAAGACUCGUUAGCCCCGCUGAUGGGGGAUCAGAGGUAUAUCUCAGACAAGGGGGGAGAGACACUGGAGAUGGAAGACCUUUCCUUCAACAUAGCAGGCCAUUAUGAAGCAGAUGUCCCAGGUGAUCCGAGGACCAGGCCUGAAGAAGGACGAGGACCUAGCAGGAGCCAGGGAGACUAUGGUGUACGGGAGUUAAGCUCAGGAAUGCUGUCAUCACUACCCAGCCGCACUAUUAGCUAUAGUGAAGUCGCCAUCAUUGCCGAGUACCUUGGUCGUGGUGUGCGGCCUCACCACACCAGCCAGAGCCUGUCUGCCGCACGAGAUGUCUCGCGGUCCUGCCGACCCAGUAUCCGUGGCUACAGCACCCAGACCAACAUAAACAUCAGGCAGAAUGAGCAGCUUGUGAGAGACCUCCGGGCUCUACCAUCUGGGGAGCUCAUGCGGAUGCUGAGGACUGUUCCCCUGAGCAUAGCCAAGAAGCGGGAGGUCAGGAAGCUGUCGAGUUCUCAGAAAAGAGCAGCUUCUACCAGUCAUGUCCCUUGCUGCGCUGGUCUCAUUCUGCAGACCAAGCAUAACUGGCAGUGGGUGCUGGACUCCUCCCGCCUGUGGCAUGCGGCAUUCACGGAUGUGUCUGGCCGUUUCGGCACCGGUGUCCUAUCUUACUUUACCUUCCUGAAGACUCUACUGUUCUUCAAUGUUGUCCUCUUACUGACCACCGGGGUCUUCCUGACCCUGCCCCAGGCCAUUUACGCCCCUCUGCCAUCUUCCAGUAACUUCACAGGCCUGGAGAUGCUCACUGGUAUGGGUAGCUUUGCAAACUCGACCAUGUUCUACAGCUACUACACCAACUCCACGCUGCGUGAGAGCUGCACAUCGGCCCCCAGCGACUGUGGGGCAACAUAUGAAAAUGCCCCCCUGGUCUACUUCCUAAACAUCUCUCUGUCCUUCCUUCUUUCCUGCAUCUUUCUUGUGUACAGGUAG